AUAUAGUCACAUUGUAUAUAGAAACAGACAUUAAAGCACAACAUGGUUGCUUUCUCAGAACUGAACGGUAUGAGGAAGUAAAAUUGCUAACCAAGAACAUUUUAUUUCUAUAUGAUCGGACAUGUUUACGUCUUGAUGUGUCUAUAAACUGUGGAACAUAAUGCUCACCACCUGCAAACAUUGAGCUGGUGAAAUGAUGCAGACAUGUUUGCAGGCCUGUUUUUUUUGCAGCAUGCAUGUACAGCUGUUCCUGGUACUGAAAGAGGAUGUACUUUUUCUGGGGUACUCAGUUGCGCGCGUUUGAAACCACAGCUCAAAUCAGAUUUUACUCAACUAACAAAGAAAAAACAGGAAGUGACUGUAAGACAAAGAAGCGCUUGAUUGAGCACAAAUUUGUGCUCAAGGUUUUAAGAUUCACAUGAAAUUUGUCAAAUGAAACUACAAGCUACCGUUUUCAACAACAAAGAUGGAACAAAGCAUUGCGGAUUUGCUUAAAGACGCAUUUUCAGAAGAUAACAUUUUAGAUUUUGAGGAUCUACAAUCAGAUGAGGGCAAUAACACAUCUCAAACACACCCAGUUAUGGAUGAGGACAUGGACGACGGAAACGGUGCUAGUAAACUCUGGACGAGAUCAGAGCGAGGCUCAGUUCAGACCUUCCCUAAUGUUUAUGAACAGGAAGAAACUGAAGUGACCUCUGAUAACAGUGAGAGUGAGUCAAGUAAUUCAUUCAGUAUCAACACAGAGGCUACAUUUUGCCUCUCUCAUGUAACAGAUAAUGAUCAGGUUGUAAACACAAUAAUGACAGAAGCACAACAACUAAACUAUACAGUUCGCGAGUGUACUGCAGAGGAAGGAAACAUGCAAAGUGACUUAGCAGCAGGUGUUUCAACACACGGACUAGUUACUGGAUUCAGCAUAAUGGGAGAUGAAAAGGAGCUCACAGAGGAGAAACAUAUGGAAACGUUUAAUGUAGAAUAUCAGCAACAGACAUCACCUCCAACGGCCAGCGAAAGUCAAACACCAGAAGAGACAUCAUCUGAAUCAGACGAAGAAUUACCAGAGAACUACAGCACAACAGAACCAUCUUCUCAGUGUGAAUCUGUUGGUAACAAGGAUGAACUUUUUCUUGCAAUGAGUCCAAAUAUUGCUGACAAAUACUGUGUCAGAGAUGACAUGAAAGAGUUUACAGAGGAAGACCAAGAACAGAUUGAAGAAAGCCUUGCAGACUAUCCCUCGGAUUUUUCACACAGUGAAACCGAAGAGCCCACUGAAAAUGCUACAGCCCAGACAUUCACCCUCGUUGACAUCAGUUCUAGUGAUGAUCACUCCACAGACAGGAUGGAGGAUUUGUCUAAUGCAGAAAAUGUGAACUUGCAAAACAAAGACAGUCCUGCUCUGGAUCAUAAUUCUGGGAUUAAGGACCUGGAGGUUGAAAUGAUCUCAGCGUCAGUAGACUUGGAUCUGUCUUUCCAGAGAGGAAACUUUGAUGAAGAGGAUGUCCAAGAAUCUUUAACAAAUGAUAGAACCAUGGAGGAAGAUGCCAAGAAUAAGGAUGAUGCUGGUGAUCUAAGUGAUGUUAAUGAUCAAGCAGACUACAGUGACAGUAGUAGUGAUGUUAAUGAUCAAGCAGGCUGCAGUGACAGUAGUAGUGAUGUUAAUGAUCAAGCAGGCUGCAGUGACAGUAGUAGUGAUGAUCACAGCACAAGCCAAGAAGAAACUAAUUUUCCCUCAUCAGUGAAGCAGGAAGAGGAAAAGAAUCAUGUUACACAGCAUAACUAUGCAACGGAGGACAUGAUGAGGAUGGAUAAUGAUAUUGAUUAUAUAUGUCCAGAUACAGGGGACGGGGAUGCUAACAGUCCUGAGAAACAGGACGUGGGACGUGUAUUAUUCAGUGAUGUCGAGGAAAGAGGCUUCACAAACACAAGCUCUAUUUCAUAUUAUGAGGAAUCCAAUACAGAACCUACAGAGUCACACCGUAGCAUAGAAUCUGUCCAAUCAGACGCAGCCAUAAAAGACCAUGACAAAUCAUCUUCAGAGGCUUCAGACAAUGUAGGGGAUACCAAAAAUAUAAUAAGUGAGGUUUUAUGGUCGUCAGCACUCCUGAUGGAUGAAGACAACCUGCUCUUAGAUGAAUAUGACUGGGACAUGACUGGUGAAGAUUCAUUAAAGAUAAAUUCAGGUGAAGGAGAAAACCAAGAGUACACAGAAGAAGCCCUGGAGGAGUUAGACAUUUAUGAGGAUGAGGAAGGGAAUGAGCGGGACUGGGAGCUGGAGAAAACUAGAAUUGAGGCUUUUUAUCGAUUUUAUGGUGAUCAGGCUGAACCAGAGGAUAAAGUGGGCAGGAACCAUAAGGUUACCUUUUGUUUGGAUCAUGAAUCUUCUGAAUAUGAUGAGGAUUCUGACAGCACCGAAGAGGAACUGGACUCAGAUCUCAACACACCAGAUCUCAACACAUUGAAACCAGAGUAUCACAGUGAGUCAGAUGACCCACUAGAGAAGCCUUACUACCCUGAGAGGUCAAGGAUGCAACCAAAGGAACAGCAACCUGUGAGUGCAGCAGUGAAGCAACAUCCUCAUAGGAGCAAGGUAAAGUGUCUUGCUGUGCUAAAGUCCACCUUAGCAUUUGGCCUGCUGACAGCAAUAGGCAUCGUUUCUUACUGGUGGGCAACUGAAAACCUGGAUUGGAUUCACUGACUUCACACCUCAUUUUUCCUGGUUAAUAAAAUACAAUAAGAAUCAGUAUUAUACUCAGACAAACAAGUGUCUUACCUUUUUGGUGUAGGUGUAAAUAUAGAAUUAGGGGCAUGGUAUGCUCUCUGAAUAUUAUGAGUAGUUUACUAAUGUUUGUAAAAUAGGCAGCAGGAAAAAGUCAAUUUAAAUCAGACCAUCUUUAUUUCUUAUAACAUUGCAAGCCUUCCAACAUGCUCUAGAAAAACCCUUAACUGCUAUAAAAAGAUUUUUUUUUGUCUCACCAUAAUGUAACGUAACAACUCUUGGACAUUUUCGUUUGCCAUCAGUUUGGGCAUCGAGGGAAAGAUUGUAGUUGAAUGCAAGAAUGUUUUUAUCGUUAUUUUUUUUGUUUCUCUACUAGCACAGAAUCCUGUAUUUCCAUUAUCAAUUCAAAUUCAUUAUCCAAGUCGAAUAAAUUCAUUAUCAAGUCAAAUUCCUCUAAACAUGCCAUGCAGUUAGGGUAAUCACUUAUACUGGGACUGAAAUAUUCGGAGGGGUCUUUAAUAAAGCAUAGUGUAUGAUUAGUUGUACCAUUACUAGGAAACCAAAAUUCAUUGCAUGUGGAUUGAAACUGUGAUACUUUUCACAAUGCUAUACUGCAAAUUCACAAGAACUCCCCUUAUUUCUGAAAGCUUUGUCUUCUUAAAAGAUUUACAUGUAUGAUUAAGCUAAUAAUGAUGCUUUUGCUUACAGAAUGUGGAAUGUUGGUAUAUAUCACAAGCUGCCAAUCAAAUGUCUAAGCCUGUUAAGCACUAUAUGUUGCAGGUAUUUUUUAAUGUAUUUAUAACAAUAAAUAUAACAAGCUUAGUUGUAUGAUGAUUAACCAUUAACCGAAUUGGAGUUUCCAAAGGCAUGGCAAUGCUUAUGGACUCUCAAGAUAAUGAUUAUAAUAAACAUUUAAUUGAAUGUAAAAUGUAAACAUUUUUACCUGUAAAAACUCCUGUAAAUGUAUUAAUAAAAAUAAAGUACAUGCUAAGUUUACAAA